GUGCCUACAGAGUCCAACCAUAAGUUGUAGGCCCACUUCGACGAAGCAGCAGCAUAGAGAAAUCUGUUGCGAAAUUUGACACGACCGACAAGCAACUGUCAGCCUGCAAAGAUGAUGACCCAGCAGAACCCCAGCUUACAGGAGCUCAUGAACAUGGUGGCCACUGACGAAGACACCCUCCUGCUUAGCCCACCGUUAUCCGACUCGGAUUCCAUGGGACUUGAACUAAGCCCACAGAACACUUACACAGACAUGGGGAGCAUGUUCCAGACAUCGGUUCCCUGCAAUACGGCUCCAUGUAGUUAUGCUUACGAUUCAAGUUGUAUGCUUUCACCACCUAGAGAAAUGAUGCCACAGCAAGACCCUAUUUACCACGGGUUAGCUGCGCAAUCGCAUAUGCACGAUGGGCAAACUCUUCAGCAUGGAACCGUCCUCCAGACCGGACAACAUGUAGGCAUGCAACAACAGUGGAGCGAUCCAUGUAUGGUUAGCGCUGGAAAUGUAAACGAAAUGGCGUUUAACGGUAUGGAGAAUUUUUAUAAUUUCUAUCCAGGAAAUAACAACUAUACAGCAGUAGACUUCUACAAAACCCCACAACAAACGACGCCGACAAAGCCGAAAACAAGAAGGCGAGUACCGACUGUAGCCCAGCGUAAAGCAGCAAAUGUCCGUGAGAGACGACGAAUGUUCAGCCUGAAUGAAGCUUUCGAUGAGCUCCGUAAGUUUGUUCCAACUUUCGCCUACGAAAAGCGACUUUCCAGGAUCGAAACACUCCGACUCGCUAUGAUCUACAUAGAAUUCAUGGCCGAUGUGCUAAAUGGAAAAGAAGUUUCGGACUGCAAACUGAAGAAGGUUACAAGUCAUUUUUCACAAUUUAAAAAAUAUGGUAUCAUUCCAACAACGAGUUCAACUCAAUGAUAGCAAUACUAAUCAAGAUAGAAACGAAAACUAUUCAGAUGUGCAAUUUAGUUUUUUUUUAAACAAAUUUAAUAAUUGUGAACAAUUUAUAGACGAACUAUCAGAGAAACAAUGUGUAUUGGAUGACGCGUUGACGGGGUGAAACGCAUCGACGACGCAAUAGAAUGACCAGAAAUUGGAACAGGAGAAUCAGAAAUGCGAUGUGGGCAAAUUGAAUAAUCUAUGCAUUUCAUUUCACCGGAAAUGUGUGCUCUGUCGAGUGUUUACAUUCUAUGAAACUUUUCCAGCAUAUAUUUGCCUUGUAUGUACAUAAUUUAAGUUCUUUUUUUUUUAACUUUUAGAGUAUCCAAUUGUUUGGAUAAAAAUUAAUGUUAUAGUUAUUUCGUUAAUCUAACGACGAAGAAUUACUAUAUUCUUUUGUACUGUUGAAAUUAUCUAUGAACGAUAGGCCUAAACCGCUGCAAUAGUAUUAUUAAGCUUUAGACCACAAAUAGUGUGUAUCUAUAUUUAUAACUAUCGGCAUUUGCCUUAUAUCUGUGCCUUUAUCGAAAAAUGUCGACACGCAACUGAUGUUGCAAGAAUUGUGUUUCAUAAUAUUUUAUAAUAUAAACACAAAUUAUCUUAAAAUUUCAUAUUACUUAAUGUGUACUCUGUUAUACUUUCAUUUUAUAGUACAACAUACUGUAUAAAUGUCUUUGUUGAAAAAAUUAAAUUACUGUAUAAAUGUCUUUGUUGAAAAAAUUAUGAUUUUGUCUUAGCGGUUUGAAUACCGGGUAUUCAAACCGCUAAGACAAAAUCAUUUUAUUUUUUUUUUUUUGCUGUUUAGAAUAUAUAUUGUUAUGUAGUUACAUUUUUCUUAGUCAUGCAUAACACUAAAGUAUAUAUGCACUUUUAUAUAACUCAGACUUUGUCUUCUAUUUAUAGGCAUAAUCACCUUGUUUACGUCUUGUAUCGCGUUACCUAUCCAGAGACAACCGUUAUUUUCUUCAACGGUCGUGUGUUUGUGUUAUGUUAUCUUUUUUACGUUAUGCGCUUUUAUAAUAACACGCAAUCAAGUUAUUUGCGUAUCUUUACCACAAACCUUUUAUUGUUGUAUCGUUCGCAUAGUUUUACAUUAUAUGUUUUAAAAAGUACGAAACAGAAUCGUUCAUUAUGAUUGUGUGAUAUCCAACAAUUUCACAAAGUCUUCCAAUCUUUGUUAUAUUUAUGAAAUGAAUAUUAAAAACAUAUUUUAUAUCAAA